GCUGAGGGCAGUACUUGCUAUGAGAUCCUGGCCAAUUUGAAAAAGGAAGAGGCCCCCGCCACGUGCCAUCCUACUCACUUCUACGUCUCCGCACCAACACCCAAUGAAACACAGGAACCGGGCUGGCGGUUUUCCAUAGCUGCUGACGCCGCCGAGGAGCACAACUUAGUUGUUAGGACUGACGACAAUGAUCGGUACUACUCGAAGGAUCCAACUGCAUGGAGCACGAUGAUAGAUCGCGAGUGGCCCAUUUCUGAACGUACACCCAACUGUAAGGAUCUGAUUCUGGCUAUGGUGGAGGCCGUGGUCUCGCAUACGACGGAUCGAGAAUCAUCGUUUGCCUCUAAUUCACCUGUAGUUAUCAGCCAAAACUGGAUAUCAAAGAUAGAUGACUGUUUACUACCGAUGUCCGUAAAAUCCGCAGGCAGUGGGUGUGAGUGCAUUUCGGAUGCACUCGAAGAUUUUGGCAUAUUUUCUAUCGUUGUCAACGAAUCCAUCACCAUUCUAUGA